AUGGGGCAAAAAGGCCAGGAUUAUGAAUAUAUUGAUAGCGACGACGAUGAUAAUAAUAAUGAUAUGAUGAUGAUAAAAAUUCUGGCAAGGAACGGCCCUUAUAAAAAACAGAUUAAAAAAAUUGUACCCGAAAAGCCCUUAAUUACGUAUCUUCUCAAAAAAGAUGAAAAUUCCCAAAAAGAACCUAAGCCCAAAUUUUUACCCUACAAAUCUACGAAAUCCGACGUACACAACCCUUUCAAAGAAUUAACCCGGUGUCAAAAAUUAAAAAAAUUCGAGAUCACCGCAGCCACUCCCCCGCCGUCAAUUAAUGGCCCUGUUAAAUGUUUGACUUUGUUAGAAUCUCUGGCUUUGCAAAAAGAACAAGAGGAACAUCGAAAGAAAGAAAUUCAAUCCGAUGAUGAAAAUGAAAAUGAUGAAGAAGUCGAAGUUUACGAUGAUGAAGAUGAAAACAACGCUGGCACGAUACGAUAUACGGUCACCGAAUAUUUAUCAUAA